AUGCCUCCGUCCAUGGGGUUGCCGUUGCCAUCGUUGCCCCCAGCCACUGCUCCUGGCUCAAAGACAUCCAGCGAAGAUCACAUGGACAGUGUUACGGCCGAGCGCUUUGCACUCGUGUCGCGCUUGUGGCCUGGACGACGGAGCUCUUUUGAUUGCGGGUUCACUCAUGACCUAUGGAAAGAGUUGGUCAUGCUCCGCGAAGGUGAUGUUAUCCUGGGGUCAUUGCAUGCUUCGCCGAAUGAGCCACCCCAUAUCGAGUGGGGCUUGAACGACCAUCAGCAGCAGGAGCUGAUGCGUGAAUUCGCUCCCGGCUCUUCAGGGGAGCAGUGGCGCCACAGCAGUCCAAAUCCUGCAUUUGAUUCGAGUCUGGCUUUCGACCCGGACUUUCCAUCCACGCGCUUGUUGAACCUGGGCUUGUUUACUGCUUUCAAGCAGACACACGGUCUCCUCCAUUUUUUGCACCAGCCGACAUUCGUGGCGCGGUCCGCACCGAAAUCACUCGUCUUUUCGCUAUGCCUACUUGGCUUUGUGCUCCUUGCUGCGGAUAAAACUAAGGAAUAUUUGAACAAAUAUCUACCAGUGAGCAUUGCGAAACUACCGAUGGAUUAUGUUUCAAUUGCUGAGCAUUCAUUCUGCAGAUUGCAACACAGAAAUGCUGUGCACAGCUAG